GUCCCGUGUGUAACUGAGUAAGAGUAACAUUACUACAGAAUAUGGCAGAAGAAGCUCCAGCUCCAGCCGCCGCGCCGGCCAAAGCCGCCAAGAAGAAGGUUACCAAACCGAGGAAGGCCGGUCCCAGCGUCCGUGAGCUCAUUUUGAGAACUGUAGCUGCAUCAAAGGAGCGGAGCGGCGUGUCUGCGGCCGCCCUCAAGAAGGCUCUGGCUGCCGGAGGCUACGAUGUGGACAAGAACAAGUCCCGUGUCAACACUGCCAUCAAGGCUCUGGUGGCUAAGGGCUCUCUGGUCCAGACCAAAGGGACCGGGGCCUCCGGCUCCUUCAAGAUGAGCAAGAAGGCUGCCGAACCGAAGAAGGUCAAGAAGCCGGCCAAGAAAGCCGAUCCUAAAACCAAGAAGCCCGCAGCGGCCAAAAAGCCCAAGACAGCGGCAGCUAAGAAGCCAGCAGCCGCUAAGAAGUCUCCCAAGAAGUCCAAGAAACCUGCAGCGAUCAAAAAAGUAGCCAAGAGCCCCAAGAAGGCUGCAAAGAGCCCGAAAAAGGCCACCAAGAGCCCCAAGAAGGUGGCCAAAAAGGCCCCUGCAGCCAAGAAAGCCCCCGCAAAGAAGGCAGCCAAGCCCAAAGUCAAGAAAGCAGCAGCCAAGAAGAAGUGAGCUGUCAUCAGUCUCAUCAACAAACUACUCACUAAAAGGCUCUUUUAAGAGCCACCCACACCAGCCUUAAAGAGCAGUCUUCUGUUAAUACUAGGACCCUAACUUCUCCAGCUAUAAUGGGGGUAAAUUAAUCAUUAAUUAAUAGGCUAUGAGUAUUUUCAUAUUAUAGGCUAUUUCUGCAUCUCUUUACUCCAUUACAUUUAUCUGACAGCUUUAGUUACUUUGAAGAUUUAAAUGACUUAUACAACAUAUCAACAAAUAAAUGAUGAGGUAUUAUCAAACUACCCAUAUGAUAUAAUUAAAAUGUCCAUCUUGUCCAACUAAACAAAUGAUCAAGAAGGCCAGCUCUGCCCUGGGAUGCUCUCUGGACUCUGUGCAGGUGGUGGGAGACAGAGAUAACAGCUCGGCUGUCAUCCU